GUGCACUGGAGGCCAAAGAGCAACUCUUUCCUGCAAAACAACACGGGGACAAAUUACACCGAAGCCUUUUCUAACAUAGAAAAUUGGGAUGAAGAAGAGGAUGGAGGAUAUAGAGUGAGUGAGUGGUAGUUUUCACACCUCUCUCUCUCUUUGCUUUUUCUCUCUGCUCAAAAUCUUCCGAAGUCCACAGAGAGGAGGGAGCAGGAAGAAGAAGAAACUCGUGCCCGCAAAGCAAUGCCCUGCGCUGCUCGCACUCCGAUGCCUCCUCUUUAACUUUUCUUCCAGUUUCAUGCAAUAAAAAACAACCCAAACCCCAAGGAUUUCAGAAAAUUUACAGCAAAGAAGAAAAAAGCUUCUUGUUUGGCUGCAGUUUAAAUGUGCUAGCUCUCAAGUGUUAUAAAGCUCAGAUUGCUGAAGAUCUCUGUAGGAAAUGCAAUUUUCGACGUUUUCUUCCGGCGAAGGAGCUUCUGAUCCGGCCUGAAAGCAUAAAUUUGCCGGAAUUUGCAACGUUUACAGACGUUUGAAGGUUUUGAGAGGCGAAAAUGGCGUCAUGGGACCACUUCGGGGAUAUUGCCAAUGUGGCUCAGUUGACGGGGCUGGACGCCGUGAAGCUGAUCGGAAUGAUCGUGAAGGCGGCGGCCACGGCGAGAAUGCACAAGAAGAACUGCAGGCAAUUUGCGCAGCAUCUGAAGCUGAUCGGGAAUUUAUUGGAGCAACUCAAGAUCUCGGAGCUCAAGAGGUAUCCAGAGACUCGAGAGCCGUUGGAGCAGCUGGAGGAGGCUCUGAGGAGGUCAUACAUUUUGGUCAACAGCUGCCAGGACCGGAGCUAUUUGUAUCUGCUUGCAAUGGGAUGGAACAUCGUGUACCAGUUCAGGAAGGCUCAGAAUGAAAUUGAUAGAUACUUGAAGCUUGUGCCUUUAAUUACUCUAGUGGAUAAUGCUCGAGUCAGGGAGAGACUGGAAGACAUUGAACUGGAUCAACGUGAGUACACAUUGGAUGAAGAGGACAGGAAGGUGCACGAUGUGAUCCUUAAACCAGAUCCCUGUAAAAACGAUACUGUAGUGUUGAAGAAAACGCUUUCGUGCUCCUAUCCAAACUUGCCUUUUUGCAAGGCGCUUGAGAAGGAAAAUGAAAAACUUCAACUUGAACUACAACGGUCGCAAUCUACUUAUGAUGUGACUCAAUGUGAAGUGAUUCAGCGUUUGAUAGAAGUGACUGAAACUGUAGCUGCAAACUCUUCCCCUGAAAAAAAUCAGAAGAAAUUCGAGCAGAAUCAUUCAGAUGUCAAUAGUGCGAAAGAACAUUCAUCUGAUGAAAAAAACUACAAGAAGAGUCAACCUCACAUUUCUAGAAACACAUCUUCAGUCUCUUCUGGACAUGAUCUGUUGUCAAAUAGAGGUUCACAUUACCAUGAAGAAUGGAAUACUGAUCUUCUAGGUUGUUGCUCGGAGCCAUCUUUGUGUUUCAAGACAUUCUUCUAUCCUUGUGGGACAUUUUCAAAAAUUGCUACUGUGGCAACUAACAGGCACAUGUCUUCAGCUGAAGCAUGUAAUGAAUUGAUGGCGUAUUCGCUAGUACUGUCGUGCUGUUGCUACACAUGCUGCAUUAGAAGGAAACUUCGCAAGACGUUGAAUAUCUCGGGAGGCUUCAUUGAUGAUUUCCUUUCACAUUUUAUGUGUUGCUGCUGUGCCCUUGUCCAAGAAUGGCGAGAAGUCGAAAUACGUGGGAUGGCAUAUGGUCCUGAGAAGACAAAAAUUAGCCCUCCACCCUCACAAUACAUGGAAUCCUAAGCGAUAAUUCAAGCACUAUUCAGUGUUUUGAGAUUCAUGUAGACCAUAUGUAGAGGUAAUGGCUAGUUGCCACUGAAACUUAUGCGGGGAAUUUAUGUGUCGUCAAAAUUUACUCGUAUGUAAAUUAGCUCUUUGUUCUUUAUUUCUUAAGAGUCAUGACCCUGUGUAUCAUAGACUUUCUUGCAAGGAUACGAAAAAUAGUAUAUAAGUGUUUGACUUAACCAA